AUGGACGUUAUGCAGCUUGUCGUACAACCAGCGGGCGGCAAGAUGGUCGAUGUGCCAGCAGUUGGACCUAGUUUAGUUGAUGUUGUUGCGCUUAAGGCAGGAGGUGUGGUAACAAUAAUGGAGGUUACGCAGUUUAUCGUACAACCAGCGGGCGGUAAGAUCGUCGAUGUACCAGCAGUUGGACCUAGUGUGGUUGAUGUUGUUGCGCUCAAGGCAGGAGGUGUGGUAACAAUAAUGGAGGUUACGCAGUUUAUCGUACAACCAGCGGGCGGUAAGAUCGUCGAUGUACCAGCAGUUGGACCUAGUGUGGUUGAUGUUGUUGCGCUCAAGGCAGGAGGUGUGGUAACAAUAAUGGAGGUUACGCAGUUUGUCGUACAACCAGCGGGCGGCAAGAUGGUCGAUGUGCCAGCAGUUGGACCUAUUGUAGUUGAUGUUGUUGCGCUCAAGGCAGGAGGUGUGGUAACAAUAAUGGAGGUUACGCAGUUUGUUGUACAACCAGCGGGCGGCAAGAUCGUCGAUGUGCCAGCAGUUGGACCUAGUGUAGUUGAUGUUGUUGCGCUCAAGGCAGGAGGUGUGGUAACAAUAAUGGAGGUUACGCAGUUUGUCGUACAACCAGCGGGCGGCAAGAUCGUCGAUGUGCCAGCAGUUGGACCUAGUGUGGUUGAUGUUUUUGCGCUCAAGGCAGGAGGCGUAGUAACAAUAAUGGACGUCACGCAGUUAGUUGUACAUCCCAGCGGCGGCAGGAUUGUCGAUGUACCGGCUGUUAAGCCAGGUGUUGUUGCUGUUGUUGCGCUAAAGCAGGCGGUAAUAUAG